AUGGGCGCGGGGGGCGGACAGGAGCCGCUAGGGGAGUUGUCUUCUCCGGGCUAAUCCGAUUGGACUCCCUUAAAAAGGACAAACACGCUCCCCCCUUUUUUUUUUUUUUUUUUUUUCUAACGUAAACCCCCGCCUCCACCUCCUGAGCUACAGAAAUAGAAGGGUUUGGCAGAAAGACGUCCUGAAGUAGAGGAAGAAUAUUCGGAAGCUGUCAAACUCCCAGAUUAGCUUAAUUACCAGUGUUAUCAUUACAGGCUUAUCUUCAUCACUAGCUAGCAGGUUGUAAAAGUUAGCUAGGUUUACUUACCGACUAACCAGCCUGGCUCAUCACCAAGCCGGGGUAAAAAGUUUACAGAAGUUUACUCCUCAAACUCAGGGGGCUUGUGAGCUGCCUUUUUGUCCGUCAGCAGUUUUUUUUAGCUCGCCCAAAUUCCACUUUCAGAUACAUUUUUUUGGGGGGAAUGGCAUUAGACUUCGCCGCGGGCUGUGUGGGAGGUGCUGCUGGUGUUUUAGUUGGACAUCCAUUUGACACUGUGAAGGUGCGGCUUCAAGUUCAAAAUGUGGACAAACCUCUGUACCGCGGGACGUACCACUGCUUCCAGUCGAUCAUACGCCAGGAGUCGAUGUUCGGUCUGUACAAGGGGAUCGGCUCUCCCAUGAUGGGGCUCACUUUUAUCAACGCUAUAGUUUUUGGCGUGCAGGGCAACGCCAUGCGGAAGCUGGGCCGAGACACUCCUCUGAACCAGUUCUUGGCGGGGGCGUCUGCUGGAGCCAUCCAGUGUGUCAUCUGCUGCCCCAUGGAACUGGCCAAGACACGCAUGCAGAUGCAAGGGACCGGAGAAAAGAAGUCCAAGAAAAAGAUGUACAAAAACUCCCUGGACUGUCUGGUGCGGAUCUACAGGAAGGAGGGGAUCCGGGGGAUCAACCGAGGUAUGGUGACCACCCUGCUCCGUGAGACCCCCGGUUUUGGCGUGUACUUUCUCACAUAUGACGUGUUGACGCGUUACCUGGGCUGCGAGCCUGAAGACCCUUACAUGAUCCCCAAGCUGCUGUUCGCCGGGGGCAUGUCUGGCAUCGCGUCCUGGCUCUCCACCUAUCCUGUGGACGUCAUCAAGUCACGCAUGCAGGCGGACGGCGUCGGCGGGGUCAACCAGUACAACGGCAUCAUGGACUGUGUGAGGCAGAGCUUAAAGAAAGAAGGAUGGAGGGUUUUCACACGCGGACUCACGUCCACUCUGCUCCGGGCUUUUCCCGUCAACGCCACCACCUUCGCCACCGUGACUCUGUUCUUAUUGUACAUGCGUGAAGGGGAGGAGUGUUCCAUUCAGGACUCGGAGCCCCAGGCCGUCCCCCUGCAGCCCCUGCAGCCUCAGGCUCAGCCCACCAGCAUGUAACCCACUGUGCAUCCACGUACCACUACGUUAACCUGCAAAUCUGGGUGGUUUGCAGCUUCUCUCAGGUCUAUGAUCUGUUACCAGGUUAUUAGAUAGGUGAACUGAUCUUAGGUAAGCGUCUGUCUCUCAAAAUUCACUCGUAGUAUUUAAGUAAUAUAUAUUUUAAGAUAAAGCUGUACUUGUAUAUAUGGUCUUUUCUUAAAGUCUUACGGUUUUGUACAAAUUGUUUGUUAAUUUAGAAAACUUGCCAGUUCCAAGAGCAGACUAAUAGUUUAACCCUCGGAGACUGUCCAGGUCACGGUGACAGAAGGUUUGUUUGUGAUGGGGGUUGAAUAUUAUCAGAGCCAACGUCACAUUUUUUUCCCCACUGAUUGAUAUCGAGAUCUUUUUAUGAAAUAUCAGUUAAAAUAAAUUAAUGUACUACUA